UCAAGGAAAAGCAAUUAUGUCUUCUUGCACCUCUUUUAUCUUCAUCUUCCUUUUCUCCUUUCUCACUAGCUCCAAAGUUUUUGCUCAAGAACCCACUUACGUAUACCACAUCUGUCCGAAUACGGAAACUUAUUCAAGGAACAGUACUUCCUUCACCAAUCUCAGAACCCUUUUGUCUUCUCUCUCCUCUCCCAACGCCUCCUACGCCACUAGAUUCCAGAAUGCCACCGUAGGAGACCCUCCCGAGAGAGUCAUCGGACUGUUCUCUUGCGGUGGGGACGUCUCGCCUGAACUUUGCCGUAGCUGUGUUGCCUUUGCCGUGAAAGACAUCUUAAUUCGGUGUCCCAAUGAGAAAGAGGUCAUUGUCUAUUACAACCAAUGUACGCUCAGGUACACUUUCUUCAGAGUUUCGAUUCUAGAUCGCAAUUACGUAUACCAUGUCUGUCCAAACACCACAACUUUCACAAGAAACAGCACUUACUUCACCAAUCUCAGAACCCUUCUGUCCUCUCUCUCUUCCCCCUUCAACUCCUACUCCCCCGGAUUCCAAAACAACACCGCCGGGCAAUCCCCUGACAGAGUCACCGGUCUUUUCCUCUGCCGAGGAGACGUCACGCCGGCAGUUUGCCGCAGCUGCGUCGCCUUUGCCGUCAACGAAACCUUAGCCCGGUGUCCGAACGAGAGAGAGGUGACGCUCUAUUACGACGAGUGUAUGCUCAGAUACUCCAACGGCAACAUUCUCUCGACCCUUAACACCAACGGAGGCAUCAUCUUGUACAACACUCAGAACGUUACAUCGAACCAAACUGGGUUCAGAAACUUGGUCUUGUCCACGAUCAACCAAGCGGCCACCGUUGCAUCCAGCAGUCCUCGGAGAUUCGCUACCGGAAAGGCUAACUUGACAGCGUUCCAGACUUUGUACGGGCUGGUUCAGUGCACUCCUGAUCUGACGAGUCAGGAAUGUUUGCGUUGUCUAAAUCAGAUCGUCAAUCAAUUGCCUAUGGACAAGAUCGGGGGAAGGCUUAUUGUGCCGAGCUGUAAUUCUAGAUACGAGCUUUACCCGUUUUACAACGAAUCCAACAUUAGAACACCCCAAGCUCAGCCUCCUCCACCUCCACCACAGCCAAUUUCAAUUCCUUCACCAGAGCCAGGAGAAGGCGGAAACUCCACUGUCAUAGUCAUCGCUGUUGUUGUUCCAAUCACUGUUAUUUUUCUGCUUCUCGUAGCUGUUUUCAUUUUCCUGGCAAAGAGAAAAACGACAGCGUAUGAAACUAAACCACUAGCUGAUGGGGACGAUAUUACAACUGCAGGCUCACUUCAAUUUGAUUUUAAGGCAAUUGAGGCAGCAACUGAUAAGUUUUCGGAAACCAACAAACUCGGUCAAGGUGGAUUUGGACAAGUUUACAAGGGAACAUUUCCUAGUGGAAUACAAGUUGCGGUGAAGAGGCUAUCAAAGACAUCAGGACAAGGUGAAAAAGAGUUCGAAAAUGAAGUUGUUGUUGUGGCAAAGCUUCAGCAUAGAAAUUUGGUAAGGCUACUUGGCUUUUGCUUGGAAGGAGAAGAGAAAAUACUCAUCUACGAGUUUGUGCCUAACAAAAGCCUCGAUUACUUCCUUUUUGACUCUACGAUGCAAAGGCAGCUAGACUGGAAAAGACGGUACAAGAUCAUAGGAGGAAUUGCUAGAGGGAUUCUAUAUCUUCAUCAAGAUUCAAGACUAACUAUCAUACAUCGUGACCUCAAAGCAGGUAACAUCUUAUUGGAUGCCGAUAUGAACCCGAAAGUUGCAGAUUUUGGAAUGGCAAGAAUUUUUGGGAUAGACCAGACAGAAGCCAAUACAAGAAGAGUCGUCGGAACCUAUGGUUACAUGUCUCCUGAGUAUGCGAUGUACGGACAGUUCUCCAUGAAAUCAGAUGUCUACAGUUUUGGGGUCUUAGUUCUUGAGAUUAUUAGCGGCAAGAAGAACAGUAGUUUCUAUCAAAUGGAUGGUAGUGCUGGUAACUUGGUCACAUACACUUGGAGACUAUGGAACAAUGGAUCGCCAUUGGAGCUCGUGGAUCCGUCAUUUCAAGAUAACUAUCAAACAAACGAAAUUACCAGGUGCAUCCAUAUUGCUUUACUGUGUGUUCAAGAAGAAGCUGAAGAUCGUCCAACUAUGUCAGCAAUCCUCCAGAUGCUCACUACUAGUUCGAUCGCUCUUGCCGUACCACGACCACCUGGAUUUUUCUUCAGAAGGAGGCAUGAAGAACUAGGGAGAGCAGGUCCAUCUAUGCAUAUGUCUGCUCUCUGUUCAGUCGAUGAUGCUUCCAUUACUAGUGUAGCUCCUCGUUGAAGACAAAAAAAGAACAAUGUUAAAGUAAUGAUAUAUGAUGAUUCAAGACUAUUAGAGUAUUACACAUCGACAAUGAACAGCGAUUCGUCUAAGCUAAGCUGUUUCCAUUUCUCAUUUUUCAUUUCUUUAUGUGCCCGGCGAGAAAGAAAAUAAUACUCUGUUGUAAAGUUUGGUUUCCUUCAACAAGGAUUCAUCUCAGCGAUCUUUAACAUA